GGAGAGAGAGGAGAGAGAGGAGAGAGAGCGAGAGAGCACUGCUGCUGCUGCUGGUUUUUUUACACUCACAGUGUAGAGCUUGGUGCUUGCUGGCCUCCCUCCGCCUAAGAAAAGUGGGUUAUGAAAGGAGCUCCUCUCAGAGACUGUAUAGCCCUUCACUGAAAUAGGAGCAUUCAGCAGCAGAAAGAAAAAGGGAAAAGAAACAACAGCAACAACAAAUCAAUAUCUUCUCUUUUUUAAGGCUUUCCUUCACCUUUGCAAGUGGUUUAUUUUUUCAAUAAGCUUUUUUAAAAAAAGAAAUUGUAUUUUUGUUCAUUUAACUUUUUUUGUUUGCUCUGGUUUUAUGAGGGGCUCGUUAAGACUUAGGGGGAAAAGAAAAGAGGUGCAAGAGAGAGGAGGGGAGAGAAGAAAAGUGGAAAGGAUUAGAAGCUGGAAAAGCCCCGUCUGCUCUCACUCCUCGCUGGCUGUUGAUGAACGCUCUGUAUUUGUAAAUUGCUCUUCCUGUCCGACCUGCACACCCCGAGAGUGCCCAUCUUCCUAUAUAUACCCUGAAAGUCAGCUUGGCCACCAUGGUCGGAAGAGUUCAUCCCGAUCGGAAACAGUUGCCGCUGGUCCUACUGAGAUUGCUCUGCCUUCUCCCCACAGGACUGCCUGUUCGCGGCGUGGAUUUUACCCGAGGCACUGACAACAUCACCGUGAGGCAGGGGGACACGGCCAUCCUCAGGUGUUAUGUAGAAGACAAAAGCUCCAAGGUGGCCUGGUUAAACCGAUCUGGAAUCAUUUUUGCUGGACAUGACAAGUGGUCUCUGGAUCCCCGGGUUGAACUGGAGAAACGGACUGCACUGGAAUACAGUCUCCGCAUCCAGAAAGUGGAUGUCUAUGAUGAGGGCUCCUAUACAUGCUCAGUUCAGACACAGCACCAGCCCAAGACCUCCCAGGUUUACUUGAUCGUCCAAGUUCCACCAAAGAUCUCCAACAUCUCCUCAGAUGUCACUGUGAAUGAGGGAAGCAACGUGACCCUGGUCUGCAUGGCAAAUGGUCGUCCUGAGCCGGUCAUCACCUGGAGGCACCUCACACCAACUGGAAGAGAAUUUGAAGGAGAAGAAGAAUACCUGGAGAUCCUUGGAAUCACAAGGGAGCAAUCAGGCAAAUAUGAGUGCAAAGCUGCCAAUGAGGUUUCCUCAGCAGAUGUCAAACAAGUCAAGGUCACUGUGAACUAUCCUCCUACUAUCACGGAGUCCAAGAACAAUGAAGCUACCACAGGGCGACAAGCUUCUCUCAAAUGUGAGGCCUCCGCAGUGCCUGCACCCGACUUUGAGUGGUACAGAGAUGACACCAGGAUAAACAGUGCUAACGGCCUUGAGAUUAAGAGCAUUGAAGGCCAGUCCCUCCUGUUGGUCACCAACGUCACUGAGGAACACUAUGGUAACUACACCUGUGUGGCUGCCAACAAGCUGGGCGUCACAAAUGCCAGCCUAAUCCUUUACAAGCGAGUUUUACCCACAAUCCCCAACCCUAAUCAAGAAAUUGGUACCACCGUGCACUUCAAGCAAAAAGGACCUGGGUCAGCGAGAGGAAUAAAUGGAUCAAUCAGCCUGGCCGUACCACUGUGGUUGCUGGCAGCGUCCCUGUUCUGCCUACUCAGCAAAUGUUAAUAGAAUAAAAAUUUACAAACAAAAAACAACAACACACAAAAAUUGCAUCAUACAGGAGACAGAGAGAGAGAGAGAAAGAGAGAGAGAGCAAGGGGGAGGACCGUUUCUUUUACAACUUUGUGUGUUCAGAAGUGAAGGGGAAAAAUUAUAACAACAAAGUAUAACUUUUUUUUCAAAAGUCAAAUUCAUUAGGUAAAAAUUUGAAAACAACUUGGUGGGAAAAUGCCACUGUGCAUGUAUGUAUGUGUGUGUGUUUGGGUGGGUGUGUGUAUGUAUACGAACAAUUGGUUGCUGUGUAAAGACCACAUCAUGCUGAGGACAUUCAGGUGUUCUUUAGAUAGGAAAGAAAGAAAGAAAAGGAAAGAAAAAGAAAAAGAAUACUAGAUAAUUGUUUUCUCCCUUUUUUCUUCCUUUCUUCAUCCUUUUCAUCUGUGAAAAGUCAAGUCUUACCUUUGGUGUUUAUAUAAAAAUUUUUUUUUUCCAGUUGGUCAUUUUGAACUGACUCAGCCAAUUCAGACUAUCAAAAUAAUCCAUACUGGUGUCUUGUGAAUAGCCUCUCAUUGGCAUGCCCCACCCUCUCUCUAAUUUUAUUCCCUUUUCCUAAAUCAUCCAUUCUCCUUCUCCCUGACUUUAUAAUCCUUGGUACGAUCCCCUUGAUCUUGCGUAUUUUCCUCUCCUUCCCUGCUGCCACCACCUUGAGCUCGUCAUGCCGCUGAUGCUAGGAAACGACAUUUUAAUAUUAAUUUUCUUCACUUUGUGUGUGAGUGUGCUCAGGUCUCUCUCUCAUGUGGAUGUAUAUGUGUGUGCGUGUGUCUCUCUCUCUAAAGCAUGCCAAGGGAAUGGUCCAUAUGUACAUAGAUUCAUCGUGCUGUGGAUAAUUGUCCUGCAUUGUAAUUGUGAAAUGCGGUUUUGACAUGUUGCUCAGAAAGAUGGUGGGGAAGGUGGUAGUAGAUCCUUGGGUCUGAAGCUCCAGUGGCAGCCUCACUGGAGUUUGCCUUGAAUUUCACUUGUUAAGAUAGCAUGGAAGAGCCCACCUCGCAACACCUUUCUCCACUCCACUCCACUCUUCCACCCCCAUCCCAAAUCUAACCAAAAGGCAUUAGAUUAGUGGCUGUCACAUGACAUCAGUGUGAAUUCAAACAGGAAGAGAAGCUGGGUUCCCUCCAGGGGCAGGGCUCUGAGCUUCCUUUUAUACCCAUCAUCAGAACCCAGAAUAUCACUGUUAUUGAAAGUGCCUACUACCGAUGGGGUGGGGGACCGGGAAGAGUUAAUCGGUCACGUAGGCUGAGCUACCUAGGAGGGGAAGAUUUCUGACUUAGCUCUUGCUUCAUAGGUCUGAGAAAACUCAAACAUUUCGGGACAUUUUACUGAAUGUGCCCUGUCCUCCCUCCGUAGUGGGUAUGGUGUGUACAGAACAUAUGGAGAAGCAGGGAAGUCACCAAGUGCUAAUUCAUAAGUGUAGAAUUAUGAGCCCUAUGAUCAUCUAAACUUCCCUCCUUUUGCCCCUCCCCAUUGGUCAAAUAACAUUAUGGAUCCCCCACCCAGCCACCCCUGACCAAUUCCCUUGGAUUAAACAUGUGAAUAAUGAUUGGUUCAUAAUGUGGAUCAAAUGAAGUGUGAUUAAGUGGAGCAGGAAUCAUUGGCAGCCACAAAGGAAUCAAGGAACUUGUAAAUACUGAAGCCCCAUGACCCAUAUUCCAAACACAGAGGCUGGAGCCCCUGUAUGAAGCAUAGGACAGAAAGACAAAAAAAAAAAAAAGUUUCCUUCCAUAUGCCUCUACAAAUCUGGUGACUGGUAUAAUUUAAUAACACAUAUAAUUCAACUGCCUAAUAAUUCCUCUUUGGUUCUUUUGGAGCUUUUGGCAAUUCCAUCAAUUCAUAGUUACCUAAAGAUAAUUUUUUCACUGGGCUCCAGGACAAUAAUCUUGCUGCUAGCUUGUUUUCUGUGAUGGAUGCUGUGGGGCAUGAUCUUCCUCAAAAUCUAAAGAUUUACUCUCAUGUUUUCCAUGGAAAACUGUGAAAGGACGACAAACUGGGAAAUUUAGCUUAGGCAUAGAAGAUAGAUUUGAACUAUUUUCUGAGCAAAAAAAAAAAAAAAAAGAAGAAGAAGUUGGGUGAUCAGAAUGAUGUCCCUGAGGAGGUAGAGCAAUAGUAUUAAUAAAGUUGCAAUGAUUAGUAAAGAAACAAAUAAUGGUUCUUUAACAAUAAUAUCAAUAGAAAGCAAGCCAGUUAAAUGUAUUGAAAAAGCCUAGAACUGAUUGUGUUCCAGAAUUGUUUAAAAGAACAGACUGCUAUCCUUUAAAUCAAUUUUGAUUGCUUUGGAGUAGGACCAAAUCUCUACUAACAAUUAGAGAGAGAAAACUAAAAACAAAACAAAACAAAACUUCAUUCUUUUUUAGAAAAGUCUCUCACUGUAAUCCAUAACAUAUUAGAAAAGCCAUGGUAGAAAUUUUUCCUCUUGAUAGAUUUUACAGAUAGAAAGUUUUUUUAAAAGACAUUUUUUUUCUGUGUAGGUGCAAAGAAAUCUCUUUCAAUUAUAGCAAGUUAUUUUACAGUGUGUACUCAGGCAAGCAGUCAUCAUCAUCAUGUUGAACUCUUCAUUAACUACCCUUCCUAAAUAUUUCUUUUGGAGAUAGUAAAUUGGAUAGAGAAAGAACAAAGUAGAUAACACAUCCCUUACAUCCCCAAGCAUUAGUAUUUAAGAGUCAAAACUUUUUUUAAAAAUCAAGGGAGUGAAAAAGUAAUGGAUUAAUUCCUUGAGAAUAGAUUAGAAAUCAAAAAGUUCUGAAUUAUGGGCAACUAAAUCAAAUUGCUUAACAAAAAGUUGUCAUCUAUAACAGUAAAGUUAUAAUGCUAAAUCAUAGUGGAAGGUCAUAAUGGUGAGGAAGAUCUUGCAAAUUACUUCUUUUUACAGAAGAAAACAAAAACAAAAACUCAGCUGCUAACUUCCUUCAGGGAACUGUUAUUCACUGUGCUCAACUUUAGCCAUUCAUGAUUAGGAAUGUUUGGAAAUUUAGACUGGUGAACCAUGGAUUGGCUUUGUUCUAAGUCCUAAUAGUCCUGGAGAAUUUUUGUUCAAUCUAACUGAGAUAUGAUGAAAUGAUGCUAAGUAGUUCACAAUACAAUAUAAUGCAAUGCAAUAUAAUACAAUAUGAUACAUUAGGUGUAAGACAACAAAACCUUUUUUUUUUUUUUCCUUUGGGUGAAUUGCCUGCUUAAUGCCUGUUUAAAUUUUAGGUACUCUCACUAGCCUUUUUUCUGGAGUCUACAUACUUUAUUCCUUCAGCACUGAAACACAGAAUUGGAAAUGGGGUACUAAAUAGCCAUCAUUACAAAUGCUCUCUUCCAUUUCUUUUAUUCUUUAAAAAAUAAUAUGCACAUGUACUUAAAAACAUUUUACACUUUCAUCACAGAAAAAAAAAGAAGUGGGCAUGAGGCAGAGAUACAAUGUGACUGUAGGCAAGAGAUGGUAGGGAUUUGCUGAUAUCAUCAAGGUACAAAAUAAUUAAUCAAAUGAUUGAUCUAAUCUGAGAAAAAACCCAAUUUAACCCAAAUCCCAAUCAAUUUGAUGAUAAAUUUGUUCUUUCUUCAAAGUGAGUCAAAAUUAAUUGGAAAAUCUCUUGCCUAGGUAUUUAAAAUCUUUGAGGAAAAAAAUCUUAAUACAUUCAUCAGAAAUCACUCCUGAGUUGACAUCCCCAAAAGAAUGAAUAAAUUGAUUCAAAUAUGAAUACCCCUCACCCUAUCCUUGUCCAAGAGAGUAGGCCUAAGUCAAUAUUCCACCUAGACAUAAGCUGGAAUUGCCAUUAGUAAUAGCAUGCCUUCAAAUAGAAUGACACACAUAUUCUCAGUGCCUGAUACAGAUCAUUAUGAUAAAUUUCUCUUUUCUGGAAGGAUCUGAAUAUUUUAAAUUUUCUUUCUGAUUUUGAUUUUUUUCUUAUCCACAUAUGAAGUAUAAACUAGAAGUUUCAUUCUCUUCCUUUCUCCUUUCCCCUUCCCUACUGAGAUCUUUUCCAACUCCUUUGUUGCUCAGGCAUAGAAAGAAACAAAUUAAAAUUCAAUAGAGGUAUUGAAGAAUUUGAGGAUUUGUCAGCAAAGUAGAGGAGCCAGGAAAUAGGGAAUCUUAGCAAAGGACCACUUACUAUUUGGCUCAUCACUUUGUCACUUCAGGAAUCAAGUCCAUUAGCAAAUGAAGCAUAAAACAGUACAUGGGAAAGAACCAACUAGAUGGAAAUAAUAUGCUGAAGGGAAAGAAAUUCAUCAAUUAAUCUGACUGGCUAGUAUAUUUAAUGUCAGGAGAAGGGCCCUUUGUAUACAAAAUGAAACUCAACCAUCCAUAAAACUGAAUCUUCACUCCCCAAAGAUACUUCCUUUAACUUCUAGUUGACAAGAGCAGUAAUGAUUUUGGCCGAGGGUAUUUCCUGAGGAAUGAGAGUGAUCUGAGUUCUUAUAACUUCAGACAACAUUAUCAUUUCCUCCCUCCAAAUUGUUUAUCUUGCAAUUUUUCUCUUAGGUCAUUCUAAUUGUUCCUUGUUAUAACUGAGGUAUGUGUAGGUCCAUAAAAAGCUUUACAAAUUCCAAUGAUGCAGGGUGAGAUUUCCUAAAUUAUAACCAAAAUCAGCUUAUUGACAUAAGUUUGUGGUUUCAUUAUCAUCUGUGAAGCCAUGCAAUCUCUUUUCUUGACAUGGACUUCUUUACAAAGAUUGACAGCUGUGGAUAUUCAAAGGGACUUUAUUUUUCUAUUGCAUUUCUCUUUUUGCCUUUCGUGGUUUUCUUGGAGACUAGAAAGAAACACUGUUUCUUCCCCAAAUUGGCUUCUUUUUGCACAAAUAAACUGGAUUCAUUAUAUGGAAUUGCUUCUGGUGCUGGAACUAUACCCAUUUGCUUGUUAAUUAAUUACUCCAGAGGUAGAGCUAGAUCCCAGUUUCAGGCAUUUUUCUAGUGGCCAAUCUAUUAAAAAUUCUUGAAUUUGGAUCAUUUUCACUGAGGCUAACCAUGACCUAAUUCCUUUCUUCAACUCCCAUGGCUUUUCAGCUUGGAUUUGAUGGUUGAUUCCCAGUGGGCCACCAAUUUCAGAAGCAUGUAGAUAUAAGGAGGUGUUAAAAUAUCCACUUGUGACAUUAUAGGAUUAUAGAGUCUUAGGUUUGAAUGAUGUAAAUCAAUUUCCUUAUACAUAUUUCCAUAGCAACCCGAAUGUAGUUUAAUAUGGCCUCUUAUUGUCUUAGAAAUUUCAAACUAUUUUCAAAGAUCAAGGACAAGGUUAUAAUUUUCUCAGUUGCAAAUUCUAUAUCAUAGUAUUAUAAUGUCAAUGUGUACAAAAUGAAGUUUGUAAUUCUUUUUUAUGAUAUUAGUAAAGCUGUAAACUAAACUCCAAUUUUAUAUACAGAUUGGGCACACACAUGCUAAACAUUGAAGAUUAAGGGUACAUUUGUUUUACCCAGUAAUAUACAUAAAUUCUUUCUUAGAAAGUCAAGCGAUGUUAACAUUACAUUAACAAAAAUGUUUAUGUAUGUAGUUGAAAAAUUGUUUUAAACUCUUGAUUUCUUUCUUCCACAUUUACAUACGAUAUGCUGAUUAAUAAAUUAGUCCCCAAUCAUGUGUAAAUCAAAGUAAAUCACUAGUUUAUGUACAUAAAGUAAACUAUGUAAACUUUUUUUUUUCUACCACACUCAGGCCCAGGUAAUACUUUAAGUAUAUUUUAAAAAACAGUGCUAAAUAGUACCAAACCAUUUGAAAUUGUCAAAGGAAAGACUAAAUCUCUCAAUGGAUUAAAUUCCCUCAGUAGGAGAAAGCUUUGCUUUAUUCAUACAAAGCUUAAUCCUAUUGAUCUUUUCAAAGACGCUAGAUACAGCCCAGCCAUCAUAACCUACAAGUGCAGGGCCACUCUUAAGAGACAUAAUAGUGUCAUGGAAAGAGCAGUGGCCCAGGCUUUGACACUAUUACCUCAGCCAUGUCAGCUUCCCUCUGUGUACCUCAGUAUUCUCAUCAGCAAAAUUAGUGAGUUAAACUAGGUGAUUUAUAAGUACUCUUCUAGCUCUAACAUUCUCUGAGCCUACACAUUCAGACUAGAAAUUGCAAAUUUCAGUUAUUUGCAACAUCAUAUAAUAUCAGAGCUUUCUGACUUCCCUCAAAAAGAAAGAAAGAUUGAGAAAGAAUCUUAUACUUUUCCCUGCUGUGUUUCUGCUUUAUCUGUUGUGAAAGUUUCCAUCUUAUUUCAGUAUUCUAGACAUUUUAAUUAAAUGGACUAUUGGAAAUAUCUUGAUUAAGUUAAAAAAAAAAUUUGCUUCUGUUUCCAUCCAUUCACUCAACAACCCUUAGAAUUAUUUCAAUAGGGGAAAAGAAGAAACAUGUUCUUUCAAGUUUCCAAGUAAUCAUGAAGGAAAAGGCUGAUCCUCCACAUAAGAGAUCUAUGUUCUGGUUGCCAAAGAAGAAAUAAAAUACAAUCCUUGAAAAGGUCUUAUUCUUUAAUCUCGGGAAGUAGCAACUUUCAAUUGGCUUAGUAAACUGUUCCCACCAUUCUGCUUUCAAAUCCCAUUUCUGAAUCUUUGUCCUUUUGGCAAAGACACUAUUGGAUUGCAUAAAGCACCUGAUUUCUUUGCUAAAGUAGAUGCAAACAUUGACAACAACCUAAAUAAUUGGCACACAAAAAGCUCAUCAAAGGCAAGACCUGAAAAAUAGUCUAGGCUUAUUAUUAGCACUAUUGUAUUUUUUUUUUUUAAAUCAAGUCUAUACAAUGGCCUAGAGUUGUCUUGGUUAUAUCAGUAAUUAGCAGUGUGAUCUUGGUCAAAUUAUUUCAAUUCUGUGGGCCUCAAUUUCCUUACCUGCAAAAUGAGGUAGUUAGAUUAAAUUAUCUUGAAGGUUAUGAUACUUGUGAUUGCAUGAUUAUAAACUGGAUGUGCACUGUGUAUAGCACUGUGUUUAGCUACUUAUUUUAAAUAGCAGUAUUUCCUUUUUCAUCUGAAUCUUCCCAUAUCCUUUAAAAGCAUUGACAGACUUCCUCCCAAAUAGCAGUGAGGAAAACUAAAACUUCUAAUAAAAAUUUUCACAUGGUUUAUGAUUUGAUCAUCUGGUCAUAUUUGGCCAUAUCAUUUGGUAGCAUGUUGAGGAUGUUACCUAUCUGGGGUAUUUAACUAAGGGCACCGAAGUGUUUUGGCUAUCAUAUAUUUUUUUAAUGUAUCAAACCUAGCUGUUAUACUGUUUAGUUAACCUAGAAUGAAAGGAAAAGAUCUUAUCUGUUUCCCCCAUUAUGUGCUACCCCACAAAUAGUAGUCUUAUAACUUUAGUAUUCCAUAUAUUUUAAAUAAGCAAGUGCUCAAAUUUAGAAAAUAAACUGCAAGUGUUUCUUUCUAAUCUGAAGAAGUUCAAGUUCCCCAUUAAAAAUUCAGGAAAUGUUUGAUACUAAAAAUAGAUAUCUUCCUAGAGAUGAUAGUUAUAAAAUUCAAGUCCCAAACAGGUGCAGGUGAUCCUGUAUUAUUAAAAAAAAAAAAAUGAAAGAAAGAGAACAUUUAUUAGAAUGUUGUUGUCCAACACUUUUCCCUGUAUCUCAAGCUUCUUAACAAACCAUUCCAAGAUAUUAGGGACUCCAAGCCCUGAAAAACAACCAAAUGGCAGAAAAAAGAAAAACAAAUUCUCAGCCCACACUUCUAAACUGUUUCUAGAAGUGUCUAGCAAAACUGCAUAGAUAUUAUUCCAAAUGUUCAGGCAAAAGAUUAAGGUGUCAAGAAAAAUCAUUGAGUAGACACUAGAGCUGAUGGUAAUGACAAUGAGAUUGUGAUAUAUCUUUGAGGGAUUUAGGGAAUGGCCAAAAUCAACUGUGUGAAAAGCCAACUUCUUUGAUUUUAAAUAGAAUGUUAAGGAAAGUGCAAAGGAAAGAGGGGCUUCUAGGUGUAGGGAGAAAGGUUUCUUAAUAUCUUGGUUAAAUUAGAUAUUGCAUUCAGUCCCCUGGCUGUGUCUUUUAGGAAGCUAAGCAUAACGUUGCUAUAUAGACCCAAGGGUUAAUGUCCCACAGCAUCCCAAGAGACUAAGCUUAACCUUUCCCUAGCUUGUCUUCCUAUGCAUUGCCAGAACUAGCCAAUGGAAUCUUAGUCACCUAUAUGCUGAAUAGUGGUCUGUAUCUAUAUCUUUCUAUAUGUCAAUAUCACUUUAUAUAGAUAUAGAUAAGCAAGUCCUUAGAAUACUUAUAAAAUUAUUUUGUAAAUGAGAGAACUACCAGUCCAACUGGGAAUAUUUGCAUUCCCUGUGAUUAUUUCAGAUGUUCUUCCCAUUCUGAUCAUUUCUACCCUCAACCUUUAUUCAUCUACAGACAGACACAAGCAGAAAUGUUCUAAUCUGCAUCUAGAAAAUGAAGAAAAUACUUCUACUAGCUUCAUAGUUCAGACCAUCUAAUACCAGUUUCCUGGGGCCAUUCCUGAUUCCACCACCAAUAAGUCUUUACCCUUCACCAGAGAAUGUAAAAGGCUGAGUAAUCUGGUGAAUUGUUGCCAAGUUUCAUUCCCUAAGUGUUUACUGGGGGGGGGAUUCCAACAGGGAGGAGAUGAUGUGGAGAAUGGAGUGCUGAAACAAAGCCUCCUCUUCUCCCUUCCCCCUUCUCAUUGCUCUAUGGAAGGGUUUACAAAUCCUGCUAUUGGUUAGAAUUCUUAUUAACAGUGUUAUAUACAUAUAAAUAUAUAUAUAUAUAAAUAUAUUCCUUUUUUUCAACCCUGUAGCCAUGAACUGAACUUCCCUUGACAAUACAAACACAUGAUCAUUUUUUGGUUUGGGACUUUUAUUGUUUGAAGUUUCUUCUUCUUUCUUUUUUUAAAAAUUAAUUUGGUGGGUAUUUUUUCUCCCAUAUACUAGCUCUAUGGAGAAAAACAAAAGCGCAAUGUGUGUAAAAAUUAAAAUUAAAACAAGCUUUUUUCUUUUUCUUUUUAAUGUAUUUAAAUUCUGUUUCUCUCUUCUGUUACUUUACAUGUAUGAAUGCUCUGCUCUUCUGUGAUCUUAAAACAAAAUGAAAUAAACGUGAAAAGGAGAUGUGU